AUGAUCAGUGCUCACGACAUGGAGGGACUGGAGAGGCUGGACAGAAUCUGGAGUGCUCUCGAACUCCAGGUCAGCCCUUUCUGCCAGGUUCUGGUUGUCCCGGGAGUCACCUUCCGUCUUCUCGACAGCUCUGGCAAGAGGUUCAUUGCUGCCAAAUUCAUGCCACAUGUUCGGGAGUCCCUCAUCUAUGUCAUCGAUGGCACUGGAAAUAGUGACCGAGUUUUCCUUGGUGCUCCUCGCCACUUCGUGGCUGAAGGUGGCACGAUCUUGUCCGCUCCUGGCGCUGUUGGACAUAACCUCUUCUGGAUCCGAAAGAAUCAGUCGCAGCCGAUUACCGCGACUUUGAUUUCGGCGCCCAUUCCGCCCAAGCAUCUCAAGAUCCCCCGCCCUCCCAAUGCGUACAUUCUCUACCGCAAGGAACGCCAUCAUUUGGUGAAGGCAGCCAACCCGGGCAUCACCAACAACGAAAUCUCCCAGAUCCUUGGAAAAGCUUGGAAUGGUGAGACCGAGGAGAUCAGAAAGAAGUACAAGGACAUGUCACUUCAGGUGAAGCAGGCACUCUUGGAGAAGCACCCGGACUACCAGUACCGCCCUCGCCGUCCUUCUGAGAGACGUCGCCGCAGUCGUCGCGGCACUCAGACCUCGUCUGUCCAUCAUGGCGCUGGCAAUACCAAUGUCGUCAGCUCUCCUGGAAGUGCUGCUUCUGCGGAUUCUCCCGCCGACUCAAAUGGCGACGUUUGA